AUGUCGGCUGCUUCAAAGACAACGAUACAUCCAAAGACGGUCGCUUACUUCGAACUUGGCGUGUCGCUUUACCUAUGGCGCUUUCAAGCUCUUCAAUUGGCGGUCGAGAACGGAUGGGGAGGCCAUGAUUCUGCCGAGAAGCGCGACUGGCUCGCCGGUGUCGUCGCUGACAUGUACACAUCGCAAGUUCCUGCAGCGAGCGAUGUUCCGACUGAGGUGGCACUCAAGGACAUUGAUCCUGAAGAUGUCGAAGAUGUUGUCACACAAGUCUUGUCUGAUGAGUUUAGCGUCAUGCUCGAAGAUGAUAGCGCUUAUGAAUUAAGUAUGCACAUCGAUGCGUGCUGGAAGGACUGCUUGCGUGGUCAAUUUGAGAAGAUUCAACAGAUGCAGCAGGCUUUUGAGCAGGCGCGGCCGUCGCUUGCCACGAAGGCUGCGCAGGAAGAUAGCGAUAGCAGCGGUACGGAUGCUGAAGUCGACGAAGAUGAGAUGAUGGUAGAUGCGCCUGUAGCGCGGCCCGAGCCAGUCGUCGAUGAAGAUGGCUUUGAGCUUGUUCAAAAGACCAAAGGCCGUCGGCGUUGA